CCCCUCCCCGCCGCGCGCCGGCGGCGGCGGGGAAAGUCUCUCCAAAAGCGUGAAGGAGGAUUGGAGGAGCUUGAUUUCCCUUUGUGCCCGGGGCUGGGGCCGGAUCGAGGCGGCCGGGCCGGGGGCCGGGGAUUGGGGCUCCCCCCGGAGCGCAGAGGAGCGCAACAAAUGAUGCGCCGCGCCGGGGUCACCGUCCCCGCGGCCCAACUUUGCGCGCGGCGCCCGCGCCCCCGGGGAGCCCGCCCGCUGCGCUGAGAACCCCGGCGCCGGGGCCGAGCCAGGGCUUGGGGGUCCGCAGGCGGCGCUCCCCCCGACCCCCGGACCCCAGGAGGGGACUCCGGGGCUUCCCGGAGGCGGCGGGCGGCCGAGCCGCGCACGGGGACCGCGCUGCCCGCGGAAACUCCGCGCGCGUCCGCGGAUGCCGCUCGCCCUGGCCGGGUCCCGCGGUCCUUCCAGACCCUCCCCGGUCUCCUCUUUUUUCUCCCCUGUUCCCCUGUUCUGAGCCCAGCCAAGGGGCACACCUGAUCUCUCUCCUCUUCCCUGGGGGUUCUGCCGAGGAAAGGGGCAUGUGGGUGCCCCUCUGACAGUGGCCGGGUUUGGGGUGACGCGCGCACGAAUGGCCAAGUGGCUCCGGGACUACCUGAGCUUUGGCGGUCGGAGGCUCCCUCCGCAGCCGCCCACCCCCGACUACACGGAGAGCGACAUCCUCAGGGCCUACCGCGAGCAGAAGAACCUGGAUUUCGAGGACCCCUACGAGGACGCCGACAGCCGCCUGGAGCCGGACCCCGCGGGCGCCGGGGACGCCAAGUACGACUCCCUGAAGCAUCGGCUCAUCAAGGUGGAGGCGGCCGAUAUGGCCAGAGCCAAGGUCUUGCUGGGCGGCCCCGGGGACGAGUCAGAAGGCGACACCGAAUAUUCAGACCCCUUUGAUGCCCAGCCUCAUCCGCCACCCAUGGAUGACGGCUACAUGGAGCCCUACGACGCCCAGCGGGUCGUGAGCGAACUGCCGUGCAGGGGCGUGCAGCUGUACGACACCCCUUACGAGGAGGAAGACCGAGAGCCGGGAGACGGGCCUCCUUCGGGGCGGAGGCCUCGGCAGAGCCGGCUGCCCCAGGAGGAUGAACGGCCGGCUGAUGAGUACGACCAGCCCUGGGAGUGGAAGAAAGACCACAUCUCCAAGGCCUUUGCAGUGCAGUUUGACUGUCCGGAGUGGGAACGGACCUCGGGCUCAGCCAAGGAGCUCCGGAGACCCCCACCACGAAGCCCCCAGCCCUCAGAGCGCGUGGACCCGGCCCUGCCCCUGGAGAAACAGCCGUGGUUUCACGGUCCCCUGAGCCGGGCGGAUGCCGAGAACCUGCUGUCGCUCUGCAGAGAAGGCAGCUACCUCGUGCGGCUCAGCGAGACCAGCCCCCAGGACUGCUCCCUGUCCCUCAGGAGCAGCCAGGGCUUCCUGCAUCUGAAGUUCGCGCGGACCCGGGAGAAGCAGUUCGUGCUGGGUCAGCACAGCGGCCCCUUCGCCAGCGUGUCCGAGCUGGUGCUCCACUACAGCUCUCGCCCGCUGCCCGUGCAGGGCGCCGAGCAUCUGGCCCUGCUGUACCCGGUGGUCACCCAGACGCCCUGACCGGGAGCCUCAGGCCCCUGCCCUGCGCCCUGAGGGCCCAGAAUCACCCGCUGAAAAUGCCAGAGGUCUUUCUAGUCCUGGGGGAGGCCAGAUGGAGAGACUGCCGAGCCCUCCAGGCCCUGGGUCUUCAUCAGAGCCGCCGUCUCGGCCCCCUUCUGGGUUCUAGGGCCCAGAAUUGUGUCUGGAAGCCCUCCGCUGGCCUGGAAAAUAAAUAAGUUAUUGUGUGUUUCCAGUGUCUUUUCUGGGAGGCCGGCCCCAGGGAAGGACGAGGGAGAUGGACCCUUGGAGGGAGAAGGGUGUCCCCAGCUUCUCGUUUUGGGGACAGAGCUGGGGUCGGAGACUGAAUUGCUCACAGGGAGGGACCAAAACUCAGAGAACUGGAGAUGGGCAGGGAGCGAGGUACGGAGGCAGAAGAAAACCCGGAGACAGCGGAGACCGGCAGAUGAAAAA